ACAGCGCAGACUGCAGCAGUGUUGUUAGUUUGAACAAAAUGGCUGCGAGACCACUGCUGUCAACGAGAGCUCACUGAACCGCCUCCUACCAUGACUGUCUGGAUCCACACAGAAUGUAUUCACCCGGAGUCGUUUCUCACGCCAGCCCGUCGCUAGUCGUCGUCCAGCUGGCGACCUAAAACAACAAAUAUUUCUAAUUUUUUGCACUUUAAAACAAGUUAUCUGGCUGUGCUGCCUGGCAACCGUCAGCUUUGCUCUUAUUACUAUUAUUAUUAUACGCGAGAAACUCAACGGUCAUUUUUUAAACUGCCAGAUUCUCUCUGGUUAACGGUCGACGACUCACAACGUCAACCUAACUGACGUUAGCUCGCGUUAUUUAGCUGCUUUUAAAACAUUUUAUUCCUGUUUUUUUGUUGUUGUUGUUAGUGGUGCUUCGUUCCCUUCCCCGCCCCCCUCUCCUCCCUCCAUUAUAUCGUGACGUUUUUAACAAAACUGUUUUUUCAGCGAGUGUAAAUCCACAUUUAAAUUACCGUACUUGCUGUGUUGUAUAUCUGGCUGAGUAUAGCCGGUUGUUUACCUCGGUAUCUUGUUGUCACCAAGUCGGCUUAUCUGCCAAGUCUUGACUUUGAACUGCGACUGAAUCUGCUCCAUCUCUUUUACGGGUAACUUCAGAAAAAAGACAUCGGAGGAUGCUUUUCUGCAUAUUUUUUUUUUCUGCUGCCAUGCACCGACUCUUCACUGAAAGCUGCCAAAGCUGUGGUUAAAGCAAGCUGAGAGAAGCCAGCAACAGAAGAAAGAGAACCAUUUGAUGGAAGAAAAGAAAAAGAAAAAACAAGAAGAAAAGACCAAGACGGACGUCGCUCAGAAAAAGACUGCUGAUCAGAAACCCAAAGUGCCAGAGCCUGCUCCCACUAAGCCCAGUCCCGGCCCACCCCACCACCUCCACCCCGCCAGCCCUACGCUGCCCCUCUCCUCCUCUUCUUCUUCUGGCAAUGGCAAGCGCGUCUCCUCCAGUAGCCAACUCCCGACUCAGACUCCCCCUCAGCAGCAGUGCCAGUUGUCCUCUGCCAGUGCUCGCUACCCGCCCAGAGAGGUGCCCCCGCGCUUCCGCCAGCAGGAGCACAAGCAGCUACUGAAGAGAGGCCAGCCACUGCCUGCGGGAGCCCUCAGCGCGCUCACCCUCUCCUGUUCCUCUUCCUCCUCCUCCUCUUCGCCCUCAUCAUCUUACGCUUCUUCUUCUACGACUACCAGCAGCACUUCCCUAAACUCUGCCACGUCCACUGCGAGCAAACGCCACUCAGACAUAUCCCUCCAGAGUGGCUCUGUUGCCCAGUAUGAGACCUUUCAUUGGGGAGCCUCUUUGCCAGUUGACAGCUCCUCCAGUGCCAACAGCUGGGACAAAGUGAUUAUUGACGGAAGUGACACAGAAGCUUGGCCAUCCAUCAGCCGCAAUAGUGACCCCAGCCACCCCGCAGCACCAGAAUGCCCCUUGGGCUCAGCUAGCUCUAACGCAGACACCAGUGCUGUCACUACCACCUGUAGUAGUAGUUUUAUGAGUAUGGCCACAGGUGCCGCAGGCCAGCAGGCCCACUACCCCUCUCUUAAAGCUAACAAUAACAUGAUGACGGGACCUGGGUCAGCCAACACAUGCGGUAAUAGAGGCUGGGGCUCAGAUGGGAAACAAGAUGGUAUGAAUGGCGGCAGAGUAGGAGCGCCAAAUAACUGGGGGUCUCCCAAUUUUAACUUGAACCUCAAUCCCAAUGCCAACCCAUCAGCCUGGCCUGUUCUGGGCCAUGAGAGUGGUGGAGGUUGUGGUAUUGGCCCCAAUGCGGUGUCAAACUCACCGUCCCUCCCACCAGGUAUUAAUGGCAAUGGAAACAUGGGAAACGGGAGCCUGGGAGGUGCAGAUAAUGGCGGGGGAAGUUGGGGUGGCAUGAUAAGUGGUAAUGAAAAUGAUCAACAGCACCCUUCAACCAACACAAGCUUGUCCUUCAAAAUGGAACUUUCUAACCUUAACUCUGAUGGACCAAACCACACUAAGCAGCAGCAGCAAGCUCAGGAGCCUAUGAGCCCUAUCCAUGGAAUAACUGGCUGGGGAGGCCAGUCACCCACCGAAUCAUCCCAGCUCAAUGGGGACACAACAGGCAGCUCUGUAUGGGGUAGUGGUGAAACCAAGGCAGCUGACUCUCCCAAGGACUCAGGCUGGGAAUCAUCUCCCUCUGGAGGCCAUUCUGCCUGGGGCCGCCAAGGCAGUGGAGGUGGGAGUAGUGGAAGUGGUGGCUGGGGUGACUGGGGGAAAUCCUCUGGUGGCGGAGAGGCAUCUAAAGGCUGGGACUUGGUAGACGCUGGUAGUUCUGGUUCAGGCCAAGAGCAGCAACAUAGCUCAUGGGGCCAGCAGCAAAGACCAACCCCGGCAAGUGAGGGUAGUGGGGAGAGCAGCGAAAAUCAAUCUGACCACAGAGACAGGUCCUCCGGCACGGAUUGUACCCCUCUGCUACCCCGGCAGGACCUCGAUCCUAGGGUGCUGAGUAACACGGGUUGGGGACAGACCCCGAUCCGACAGCACACUGUAUGGGAGAUGGAAGAAGCCAACGCUAAGGCUGGGAAGAGCAAAAGCAGCCCAGACACCAUAGGAAGCUCCAGUUCUAAUGGUGGACCCUCAUCCAUCAAUGGAGGUACCAUCAACCCGAAAAUUGGCCCCAGUCAGAGGCCUGGGUCUGGAGACAAAAAUGACAGUGAAGGAUCAUCAUCCUCUGGCUGGAGAGCCCCUCCACCUCAGCCUAUCCAGACUGGAUCAGGAUGGGGAGAGCCCCAACAGUCACACAGCAAAGCGCCGAAUGGCACUAGCAGUGGCUGGGGUGAACCUCAGCCUACCAAUGGUCCUAGAAAUGGAGGCACACCAUCCUGGGCUUCUGAGGACAAGUCACCCAGUUGGGACGAUGGCAUGACAAAAAGUCAGCCCACUAACUGGGGAGAGGGCCCCAAAAGCUCCCAUGGAUGGAGCAACAGUAAUGGGGGCUCCAACGGCACCAGCACAGGGGAGUGGGGAGAGGCGGAGGUCAAGAAGAAUGGAUCCUCCAGCAGCAUGUGGGAAGGAGAAGGAGGUAAUGGAGGAAGUGGUGGAUGGAAGGAUAGCCCCAGGGCAGGAAAUAGAGGAGGAGGCUGGAGUAAGCCCGCUCCUUCUGUGAAUAAUAGCAGCUGGGGGGAGACCCCACGUACCAAUGGCCCUGUGCAGGGAGGCUGGGGUUCUUCCAAGCCCCAGGAAAGCAGCAGCAGCAGCAGCACUGGCAGCGGAGGAGGUGGCAGCAUGGGUCAAUGGGGUGGUCCUGGUACUGUGAAGCAGAAUUCAUCAAACUGGGGCAAUGGCAGCAAACAGGACCAGGGCAUGGAUCCCACGGGCUGGGAAGAGCCCUCCCCUCCCUCCAUCCGCAGGAAGAUGGAGAUUGACGAUGGAACGUCCACCUGGGGCGAUCCCGGCACCUACAACAAGACUGUCAACUUGUGGGAUCGCAACAAUCCCAAUAAUAACCCAGGCAACAGCGGCCCACCGCCCAGUAAGAAUGGCGGAGCGAAUAUCCCCAACAAUAACAACAACAAUCACUCUGUCGGCCCCGGCAACAACAAUCACCAUCACACUCACCACAUGCACCACCAUCCCCAUCAUGGCCAGCCCCCAACUCACCUGCAACACCAUGGAAACAACAAUGGGUCAUCCAACAAUGGCGCCCCACAUCCAGGUGCGGGCCCCCAGGGCAGACCCCCCCACGCCAACCCAGGUUGGGGAGAGCUUCCCAGUGCUCAACCCAAGUCGGAGCCUCCUUGGGGAGAGCCAGCAGCUCCAACAGCAUCUGUGGACAAUGGCACCUCUGCCUGGGGCAAGCCCACAGGGGAUGGUCACGGUGGCCAUGGUGGCCACGAGCCCUCUGGACCCUAUGGCAGGGCCAACGGACCCACAGGUUCUGCACCCUGCAAGCCAGGCCCCAAACCUAUGCAAGAUGGCUGGGGAAAUGGAGGAGAGGAGAUGGGCAUGUCUACCAACCAAUGGGACACUGAGGAUGGGGACAUGUGGAACAGCCCCACCUCCCAGGAGAGCAGCUCUUCUUGCAACUCUUGGGGCAAUGGACCCAAGAAGGGCCCGAGCAAGGGGAAGAUGGGCAAGCCAGAUGAAGCUUGGAUCAUGAACCGUCUCAUCAAACAGCUCACUGACAUGGGCUUUCCGAGAGACCCUGCUGAGGAGGCUUUGAAGAGCAACAACAUGAACCUUGACCAGGCCAUGAGCGCCCUGUUGGAGAAGAAGACGGACCUGGACAAGCGGGGCAUGGGCAUGUCUGAUUACAGCAACGGCAUGAACAAGCCCAUGGUGUGUCGGCCCUCUGCACUCUCCAAAGACCCCUCCGACCGCAACUCCUUUCUUGACAAGGAUGGUGUUCUGUCAGAUGAUGCCCCUCCAUCACCGUUUCUGCCUUCCCCCAGCCUGAAGCUCCCCCUGGCCAACAGUAGCCUUCCUGGGCAGGGUCUGGGACAGGGCAACCCGGGGCUGGCCAUGCAAAACUUGAACAACAGACAACAGAUACCCAGUGGAAUGUUUGGCAGUAGUGGAGCAGCACAAACCCGGGCCAUGCAGCAGCAGCAGCAGCAGCAGCAGCAGCAGCAGCAGCAGCAGCAACAGCAGCAGCCUCCUCAGCCACCAGUGCCACCUCUCAGCUCCUCCCAGCCUAGUCUACGUGCUCAAGUGCCUCAGUUUCUCUCCCCUCAGGUCCAAGCACAGCUCUUGCAGUUUGCAGCAAAAAACAUUGGUCUGAACCCUGCACUUUUAACCUCACCAAUAAACCCUCAACAAAUGACCCUCUUGUACCAACUUCAGCAACUGCAAAUGGCGUACCAGCGUUUACAAAUCCAGCAGCAGAUGAUGCAGGCGCAACGCAAUGUUUCCGGCCCCAUUAGACAACAAGAGCAGCAAGUUGCACGUACAAUCACCAACAUGCAGCAGCAGAUCCAGCAGCACCAGCGUCAGCUGUACCAAGCGCUGCUGAUGAAGCAGCAGCAACUUCCCUCUCAUUCCUCCUCCUCUUCCUCCUCCUCCGCUGGUCUGCAUCCCCCCGGUGGCCCCACCGGAGGCCAUGGUUCCGGCAAAUCAACCCUGGACUCCUACACAGGCCCACACCAGGCUCCGGGCCUAUCCGACACACUGCACACCAAAGAGCCGCCGUCUUCGCCCAACGCCUACAGCACCUACCCUCUCUCUGGACUGAAUCCAAACAUGAAUGUAAACUGCAUGGAGGUUGGGGGUUUGUCCCUGAAGGAGCCCCCUCAGCCCCAAUCCCGCCUGUCCCAGUGGACACACUCCAACUCCAUGGACAGCCUCUCUGGCAACUCCUCAAACAUGGAGAACAACCUCAAUAAGCACGGUGCCAUAUCUGCUGCCUCUAACCUGGGCCCCCCUGGGAAGCCCCCCCAUCUGGAGGACUCAUACAGCCCUUACAAUCUAAUGUCCAGCUCUGAGUCCCCCACCAGCCCCAUGGUGUCUCAAGACAGCUGGGGCCAGGGCAAGAGCCCUAAUGAAAAGAUCUCCAAUGGGACCAACAUCAACUGGCCCCCAGAGUUCUGCCCAGGUGUGCCAUGGAAGGGCCUUCAGAACAUCGACCCUGAGAAUGACCCCAACAUGACCCCUGGCAGCGUCCCCAGCGGUCCCACCAUCAACACCAACAUCCACGACGUCAAUCGAUACCUGCUGCGGGACAGGAAUGGAGCCACUUCCCCAGCUCCGCCACUACAGAAUGGCUCUCUGCCUCCAACCAGCAGUGACUGGCCAGUCAGUGGCUACUCUAGCUCUUUCAGUCUGUCGUCCUCUGAUGGAGACAGCUCAGGUAAACUGUCUGACAUGAAGUCCACCUGGUCUCCAGGGCCCAUCUCCCAGAGCCAAGCCUCCCUGUCCCAUGAACUGUGGAAAGUCCCUCAGCAACGCAGCAACGUAGCCCCUUCCCGGCCCCCGCCAGGCCUCACCAACAACAAGCCCUCUUCCACCUGGGGUGGCAACUCCCUGGGCCUGGCCCAAGGCUGGAGCGGCUCCUACACAUCUGAGGGAACCACCUGGAGUACUGACAGCUCCAACAGGACCAGCAGCUGGCUGGUGCUGAGGAAUCUCACCCCACAAAUUGAUGGUUCGACUCUGCGGACCCUGUGCAUGCAGCACGGCCCCCUGAUCACAUUCCACCUCAACCUGACCCAGGGGAACGCUGUGGUGCGCUACAGCUCCAAGGACGAGGCCGCAAAGGCCCAGAAGUCUCUGCACAUGUGUGUGCUUGGAAACACCACCAUCCUGGCGGAGUUUGCCGGCGAGGAGGAGGUGAACCGCUUCUUUGCACAAGGUCAGUCGCUGGGGGCUAACACCACUAGCUGGCAGGCCAACCAGGGAUCCAAUCAAAACCGGAUGGGCGGGGCAGCACAGUCCCACUCCCACUCCCUCGGCCAGUGGAGCAGCGGUGGCGGCGGAGGCAAGCCGAGUGGAGGCGACCUGCUGUGGGGCGGCGUGCCCCAGUACUCCAGCCUGUGGGGACCGCCGAGCGGAGAGGACGCCCGUGUGAUCGGGAGCCCCACCCCCAUUAACACCCUGCUGCCUGGAGAUCUGCUGAGUGGGGAGUCCAUGUAGGAUGAUGCCACGAUACACUAACCAACCAACCCACCUUUCACCAUGUCAAGUAAGCCAUCGGUGGAAGGUGGAGUGAAAAAAAAAAAUACAAAACGAAAAAAAAAAAAAUUCAAUAUGAACAGGAGCAAAACCCAAGCAAAUCAUGUGGCGAUAAUCAGUAUCAAUUUGAACUGUUUUGAACUGUGAAUAGUGAAUCAGAAGGCUGGAGUCUACCACACAGACUGCAGACUCCAGUCCCUCGGAUUCGCUUUUGUCCUUUUUUUGUUCGGUUUACGUUUUUUUGGGGGGAAAAAAGCUUUUUCUCUCCUUUUGGUAUUUUUGAAAUGCGUCGUAUAAAAACAAACUGAAAUGAGACACAACACAAAGAAACCUUUUAAGUGUUUUUAGUUUUUCCAUUAAGUAUACAUGACAUUCUGUGUGAAGUGUUUUUAGGAGAAGCAAUCAAAGCUGCCAUCUGAGACUUUCCUUUACCCUCCCAAAAAAAGAAAAUCAUCCCAAAAUAAGACUUAAAACGACCAUUCCCAGCAUGUUCAUGGCCAAUGAUGUGGUUCAAAGACCUUUACUAGUUAUGUUAACGUUUGUUUCUCAGCACUAAUAUUAGCCUUAAGUGCUCUCUGGCCCAGGUCCUUCCCAAGCCGCCUUUUUUAGUUUGUUUUGUAACUGAAGAAAAAGCUGAAAUCUUGCACACUUUCACCUCUGAGCCAGCAAGUGGUACAGGACAUGACUGGUGACCAACUCUGUCACUGGGCAGUAAGAAGGCCUGGCCGCGUGACUGGCCCUACCAAUCAUCAGCUUAAUUAUUUUGAUUUGUAUUCUCAGAGGGAUUGACACAGCUGUUAAAUGUUCUUUUUUUUGUAGGUCUAGACCCAAGCGCAUUUUUUGAUAUCUAUCACAACAUAUAAGCUGAGAGAAGAUUAUUUGUCAACCUCGCUGCGUGUCUCCGUUUCCGUACAUGUCGAUGUAUGUCCGGUGGCACCUAAUCAUUGACGUCUGCAAGCCCAGAUCCUUCUGGUCACCUUCAACCCAGUCGCUUUACUGGGGCUUUGUUGAAUUUUCUAUUGUCCGAUUUGUUAUGAAGCCCAGCGGUCUGUAUGGUCAGCCAGUUCUCGGAGGAAAAAAAAAGAACACAAUUUCACCUUCAUGUGACAGUUACAUUGUGCAAUAUACACCAUAGACCUUUCUUCCGUCCAUACUUUAUGUCCAACGGAGCUGGUUUCUCUUUUGUUUUUGUUUUUAAUUGUUGCUGAAUGCAGCAAAAAAGACUUUGGAACUUCACAAACCUUUUCAAAACUUGGAUUCCCUCCAGGCCUCCAAUCCCCCUGAAAACUGUUGGGAAAACUCUGCAAAGAGGAAGAAGAAGCUGUUGAACUGUGCAUGCAGCAAACUGUACUAAAGAGUGACACAAUAAUGCACACUUCCUCUCUGCGUGCCACAGCCACACCCAACAGAGACUGAAUCCACAGGGGGAUUGGAUGGUUCUGGGUAUCUGGCACAAUACCAAAUAAGAGGGGUUUCUCCUAAUGCAGUAGACCUACGAGUGUUCCUUCCGUUUGGUACUGUACAAACAGAAGAGACUUAAGACUUUUAUAAAUUCAAAGGGUUUUAUCAUAGCACUUAUGAAGAGCAAAUCGCUUCAACUGCAAUCCAAUAAAUCAAAAAAGGAGCAGCAUGAACAUUGAAAACAACGGAAAACAUACUGCUCUUUUAUGUACUAUAUCUAUUCCUUGGAAAACGUGUCUGGAGUUGUUCCUCUGGUAGCAGGAUGAAGGGAAAACUGAAAGUACCAUUGGACUUUGGGGGAAAAACUGCAGUCUUUUUUUUCCUCCCUUCUUUGAACAAUAUCAAAGUGAAUAUCACUGUUACUCCAAAUGUUUAGCCUUGUUCUGUUUGGAGGCACUAGACUUGCAACGUCAGCCGUCUCUGACACCCGCUGGCCAGUCAGUCAGUGGGUGAGUCGGAGUGGGGUGGGGAGGGGGAGUGUCCACUGAGUGCCUCUCUGCUGUGGUCCUCCGGGUGUCAAGUGGCAGCCCCCACAGCGCAGCACUUCCUCCUGGGCUCCACUUGACCCUCCCUCAGUCUGGCAAGAAAUGCAGCUCCUCCAAGACCGGCCAAUCACGGCUCUCCGCCACACACGGCAUCUCCAACGGGGGGGCCCGCCACCACUCGACCCCGCUGUCGUCCUGCCCUCUCCCCCAUCUCUCAGUUCUUUGACACAAAGAUCACUUUAGCUGGAAGAUGUAAUAGUCAUAUUUCUGGAAUUUUUGCCAGUGUACUUUUUAUUUUUUUGGAAAAAGAUCAUUUUGACUUUAUUUUUUUCAAUGUGUUAUAUUGUUAUUUUUGUCUACAUGCAGUGGUCUACAAAAUACUGACUGCUGAACUAGCCCUUCACUGUUCAUAUGCAGAUACACUUUGGUCAGAGGUGCCUCUGUAUGUUCAUCCUGUGUAUUGAAUGCAAAACGAGGAUCAAUACUACAGAGCGUUAUUGAUUGUCUAUUUGUUUUUAACUGAUCAUGCUUUUGUGUUUGACAGUAUUCUGUAGUACUUCCAGGUAGUAUCUUGAGAUGUGUAAAAAUAGGGUGUCUCAGACGAGGGGUGUGGGUGAUUGUUGCUCCAAGCUGCUCCGCCUGCCCGCAGGCUGUCCCCCCUUGCCCUUUGCCUAGCUGCUACGCUAUGACCUCCUCUCCUUCUCCACCUCAACCAGACCCAGUAGCCCUCCCCUGACCAGGCACCAACAGGCCCUCCUAUCUGUUUCUAUGCAAAAGACUAGAGGCUGGGGCCCUUUACAGCACGCCAAACCGGACUCGGGGAAUGAGCACUCCUCCCAGAGCUUGGCAAACCCUAACACUCGUCCCUCGUGCACUUCUGUCAGCACUUCAGAAGGCCCGCGGUUUCUGUAAAGUCAGGCUAAGCCACCAGAACACUGUCGUAUACUAAAGUCCGAACACUUUAUCAAAGGUCGGCCUUUUUGCUCUGCGCUGAAGACACUCCUGUCCAGCUUGAUCUCAGGGUAGGGGAGUAGAUUAUACCAAGUAUGAGAUGCAGCUCUCCGUGUCUGUCCUUUCUACUGUGAGAGCAAAGUCUUAAAUUAAAAGGCCAUCUGCGCAACAAUAUGUACGGACCUCAUGCCUCGAACUUAAUCCUAAUUGGAAGGGAAAAGGCUUGUAUUGAAUCCUUUUCUCAAAAGGUGGCCUAUCGUUACUGUUUCGGGGCCCAUUAUUGCGUGUAAAAGUUGCCAACGUAAUGUGCCAACAUAAAUUUUGCUGUGUCAUACUGUAUCUUCAUAGAGAGCACUUCUGUUCCCUGUUUGGAGGAGCUUUGAUAACCUUUGCAGAGGGUGCAGCGGGGGACAGGAGGGAUCAAACAAAUGGGCGGCAGCAUCACACCCUUAAAUGACUGAGAUUUUUUUUUUUUUUUUUUAUGCUUUUGUGGGUAAUGCCCCAUGCUAAGGAGAAAAUCUUUACUCAGUUGGGGGUUCCAGUUUGCUACAGUGCACAGUUGAUGAUGGGUAAUCCCGGGUACAUAUUUUUUUAAAACCAAAAAUGAAAUCGCAUUUUAACGUCAUUUUUAUGAAGUUUGACAUAAAAAUCUUAAAAAUGCUAAAAAAUCUAAGUGAAAAAAAAAAGAAGAUCUAUAAUAUGUUAAAGCUCUGCACUUCUAGCUGAAACGUCUCCGGUCAUCAGCCUCUACUACCACCAUCUAAAGGAGUAGACUGGUGGCCGGGGUGCCUUUUUGUGGAUGCUGUAUUUAUCUCGUUUUUAUGUUUGUGUCCUGCUCAAAGCAGGUCCACUGAACUGUACAUUUCCACAGACCCAGAUGGCUUGGGCCCACUGUAUCAGCCUCACUCUCCUCGCUCUGCAUCAGCAGGAGGGGAGGGGCACAUUUCAAGAGGUACAAAAGUCUUAAACAUUUAAAAAAAAUAAAAAUAAAAAAAGUUAAAAAAUCUAAAAAAAAAUAAAAAUAAACAAGAAAACGGGAAAAGGCUACCUUUCAGGACUUGCAGUCCUGCAGCACACAAGCAAAAAUCACUAUUGCCUGUUUCUGUAACUGCCUUGAUCCAAGCUCAGACAGACCCAAUAGCCGAGGACCUCCCAGCAUCCUGUACUAACUGGAGAACCCUGACAGUGAAGGGGGUUUCCCAUGCUGCACCAGCAUCGAGAGGUUCUCCUCUCUACAGCUCUGUUCUAGAUAACAGUAUAUAUGUAUACACUACAUAUAUAUACAUAUAUACUGUGAGUUCGGUGUGUGGUAUCACCUCUUCAGACUUCUUGGAUCGUAACCUCUGAAACUUUUCAUUUUUGUUUGAAAGGUCUUGGUUUAAUACAACUGAAAAAUGAGCAAUAUGUAUUUUCCCCGCAAAUAAGUGAUACGAAGGAAAGAAUUUGGGUCGGGUGUAAACUGAUACUUGAUUGAUUGAAAGCUACGUCUUUCUUAUAUGGAGUUGGAUAUGCACGUUCUGGUUUUGAUGACAUAUUACAGUACUUUGAAGUGCUUGUACUGUAUAUAUGUGUAUUUGUUUGUUAAUUAACCUGUCUAAAAGCCCAACCCAACCAGUCGAUAAAAAAAAGAAAUCACAAACAUAUCAAAACAAGACAAAAUAUUGAACUCAAAUACUUGAAUCAUAGAGCGCCAAUAAUGUAAUGUGAAGUCAGUAAUUCUCUUUUGUUCUCUCCAUCUGACAGGUACACUUAGGGGCUUUUAGAGAAUAUUAAAAAUGUAUUGCAUUAAGUUACAAAUACAAAGUCUUUGAGGAAAAAAAAUGCAAAAGUCAUCUUAGAUGUGUGCUUGAAAGUCAGAUGUUUGUAUGAAUGUGUGCGCAAGAAACUGUGUGUACCGGGCACAUGGCCUGCUGUUAUGUUCCACUCAGUAUGUUAUAUUUUGUGUCUGUUUUUAUCUUCUUUUUUUUUUUUUUUUGUUCUGUCAAAAGUUAUUCUGAUAGACAUUGUUAUUAUCUUCUAACGUUGCACUGAGUGUCUUCUACCCCUCACUCAGCUAAUCGUAGAUAAACGAGUUUAAGUACGGAGGGGAGAUGGUGACAAUUCAUGUGUACAUGUUUACUCAAGGACUUAAUGGAUUUUUUUCAUUCUAUCUGUAAAAAGUUUAUCUACCUUAUAGUGGCUUUUAUUGUGGAAUAAUCCAAUACAAGGAUUAUCAUUGAGUAUUGCACCAUUUUGUUCCGAUUAUACAAAAAAAAAUGAAGAAAAAAACCCUAAAAAUGAAAAAACUACAAAAAAAAAAACUACAAAACAAAAAAAGGGGAAAAAACAAAGAACUGUGGCCAUAGAUAGCUGUAGAAGGACUAGUAAUCCCUAUGUUAACUUCAUGGAGAAAUGGAAAGGGAUAAAGUGUGGGAGGUGAGUUUGUUACAAGACUCAUUUCAGAGGUGCCUAUCUUUUCUGUUUGUUUGUUUUUUGCAAAAGCCACCUGCCGUUUACAAGCAUUUCAUUUGUCUGAAGUUCAAGGAAAUAGGAAUUUAUAACAGGAAUGUUGUAAAAAAAAAAAAAAAAAAAGACUAAUUUCAUCUUCCAUCAAAUAUGGACAUGGAAAUCUUGCAAAAUGAAGAUUUAUGCUACUUUAAGAACUCUGGGAUUGAUCAGUGUUGUGUCAUUUCAAUUUUUAAGUUCUCUUUCAGUGUCGACAGACUAUCUCUGUAUGUAUUGAGUUGUGAUUUUAUGUUUCCUGUAAGCGACGCAGUUUGCUCACUAUCUUGCACACUCAAAAGAUGUGGAUUUUGUCUCAGGAAGGCCAGGGUUCCAGAUACCAACUCCAUCAUUUCUAGGUUUAAUGUUUGUGUGAAAAAAAAAAAAAAAGCAACUGAAAACAAUUAAACUCCAAGCAAGCACUGAAGGUCAUGAGUUUAACAGAAUAUAGAGAGUACCAUUGUUUCUUUAAAGCAACAACAAAAAAAAGUUUGUAGCAAGUUAUAUAUUUACCAAAUAAGACUGAGAAUCAACUUUGAAAAAAGUGCUUUACAUGUGAAAUCUAUGUAGAAUUGCUUUACAUUUAAACUGAUCAAUGGUUUGAUUGUCAAAAAGACAGUGACAGAAAAAUGCAUUUGUAUGUUUUGACUUUAAAGUUUCCAUCCUGUAGUCCAGGAGCAUUGUGCAAGAAGUUUUUUUUUUUAGUUUGUUUUUAAUCAUCUCUCCUGUCUGUUAACAUGUCUGUUCCUGUGACAUGUAUUUCAAUAGUUGAGAGAUUUCUUAACAUGUAACAGAUGGUUUUCAGAGGCAGGUUUGAAGUGGAGCUGGUUUUUAAAGGAUCAUGAUCUAUGCACAAGUGGGAGGGAAGAGUCCAAACCCAGCUGCUGUACUGCGGGCGUUUGUCGACUCAGACUCUGGGGUUCAGGGUUUGAUGUAGGGUUGUUCUUGUUUUGUCUCUUGCUCAAAUUUCCUCCACUCUACUUCCCCCUUCCCUCCUCCUCCUCCUCCUCAUUAUCAUCGUCAUCUAAUGUUUUAGCAAAACUUUACAUUGCGUCGCCAUGCUGUGUAAUCCUUAACCAAUGAGCGCUUAUCCUUCUGCUAAAGCACUGUGGGUUGUACUGAGAAAAAAAAAGCCCAUGACUUUUAAAGCUGUCAGUUUUUUAAAGGGAAGGAGGGUGGGUGGGGGAAUGGGGGUACUUUGCCUUUGCCUUUUCUCUUUACUUUGAAAAAAAAAAAACAUUAAGGAAAAAUGUCUGUAACUGAAAUACAAAGUUGUGGCUUUUAAUGUUGUUCUUUUUUCUCCUCAUAGAAUGUGAUUGUUAAGGACAUGCACCGGAAAAAAUGUUUCCAUGGAUUAUGGAGCUUCUUUCGGACUAUAUUAAUAAAUUACAAAUUUUCUUGGCUGUUAA